AUUAUUGCCUUGAAAGCAGAGAAUUCUUGUCGUUUUUGAAAGCAAAGCUAUUGUAAAUUAUAUUCUAGAUGAUCAAGAAGGUUGUAUCGUUAAAUAAAACAACACACCAAAUCAACAAAAUUGUUGGCAAUGCUGUUGCGAGAGGAUUUCAUGUAAGUCAAUUCCGAAGAGAGGAGGAACAUGUUGCUUCUAAUACUUCAUCGAAUGCAGGUGAAGCAAAGAGAGUACCAAGAAAGAAGAGAUUUGCAACUCUUGCUGUUGAAGAGGAGAUUAAUUCUAGCACUUCAACAUCCACUAGUACACCAUCAGUUCAACGAGAAGCUCAAAGAUUUGAAGCAUUCAGAUAUUCAAUUCCUUGGAAAGAUGCUGAAUAUUACAAUGAAGAAAAACUCGAAAAUGAAAUGAGAAGAAUUUUUGAAAUUUGUCAUGGAUGUAGAAGAUGUUUCAAUUUGUGUGAAUCAUUCCCUUCACUUUUUGAUAUGAUUGACAAGGUUGAAGUUUUGGAACAGGUACCUUCUAGUGAAUUCAAAAAAAUAUCAGACAAGUGUACAAUGUGUGAUUUGUGUUACAAUACCAAAUGUCCUUAUGUACCUCCACAUGAAUUUAAUAUCGAUUUCCCUCAUUUAAUGUUGAGAUAUAGAGCUGUAGAACAAAAGAAGAAAAAUGAAAGUCACACUACUCAAAAUCCUCCUAUUCAACUUCGUGAAACAACAGGAUUCUUGACAAAGGAUUCACCAAACAAGGAGUUUGAAGCUCCAGUUCAUGAAGGUGUUGAUAGAAAAUUAACUUUGGAAAAGGAAAGUGAACUCUCUCAACAACUUCUUACAAAGAUGGACAGAAAUGGCUUCCUUCUUACUAGACUUCCUCAAUCUAUUAGCUACUUCUUGAUGAACAAUUCAAUUAUUAGAACAAUUUUGGACAAGCUUAAUCUAGUUCACAAGAAGGCAUAUCUUCCACCAUUUACCUUUGGAACACUUAUGGGAAAGUUGAAUUCCACAACACCAAAGAAUCAAUCAUCCAAUACUAAUCAAGAAAAAGUAAUCAUUUAUACAACAUGUCUUGGAAAUUACAACAAACCAGAGUUGGUUGAGUAUUCUAAAUAUAUUUUGGAGAAAAAUGGAGUUGAAGUUGCUAUUGAUUACAAUAUGUGUUGUGGAAUGCCUUACUUUGAACAGGGUGACUUGGCUGCUGUGAGCAAAUCCGCUGAAAAAGUUUCCGAUUUCCUUGUAAAUAAGUAUAUUAGUAAGGGAUUUAAGGUUGUCACAGUUGUUCCAAGCUGUUCUCUCAUGUUGAAAUCUGAAUGGGCCAAUGUUCUUCCAGAAAAUGAAAAUGUCCAGAGCGUUAAAAGAAAUACUAUGGAUAUUACAGAAUAUUUGGUUUAUUUGGCAAAGAAGAAUGGUGGUAAAUUACCAACGCACGACCAAAUCAAGGAAAUUCCAUACAGUAUUACUUUGCAUCAUGCUUGUCACGCAAGAGCUCAAAAUAUGGGUAAUAAGGGUUUAGAUGUUUUAAAGUUUAUUCCUAAUGCCAAAGUUAGUGUUAUUCAAAGAUGCAGUGGUCAUGGAGGCAGUUUUGGUACAAAGAAAGCACACUUUGAUACAGCUGUAAAAUUCGGUAUGCCAGUUGCUAAGAAGAUUUUACAAGAUGCAAGCAAAUCCAAAACAACUCACGUAAUGAGCUCUGAAUGCCCACUCGCUCAAGAACAUUUGGCUCAAGUAACUGAAAUGUCAAAGGAGGAAAAACAAGGAACUGUUUCCACUAUUUCAUCAAAUGGAAAUGAUCACAACAUUCAAAGCAAGCACCCAAUUGAGAUUUUAUAUGAAGCUUAUCAAAAAUAAAUAAUUUAUUGGUA